AUGUUAAAUAAUAUUUCCGUCGACGGUGACACAUGUGACAACGAACUUUCAAAUUUGUUGAAAUUAAAACUUCCGCCAUUUUGGACAGCGAAUCCGGAAAUUUGGUUUGCGCAAGUCGAAGCACAAUUUUCACUAGCCCGCGUAACAAGUGAAAAGACGAAAUACAAUAUUUUAUUAAGUAAUUUACCAGCGGAAACGAUUACAACAAUAAUUGAUUUUAUUCAAAACCCUCCAGAAGAAGCACCUUACUCUUCGCUGAAGAAACUAUUAAUAGAACGGUUAUCUUCCAGCGAAGAGAAGCGUCUGGAUGAUCUGUUAUCAGAUACCCAAAUUGGAGAUCAACGAUCGUCCGACUUCUAUCGAUCUUUAUUAAACACGGAAUUAGAAUUAGUUUAA